AUCCAAUAAAUUAUCCAUAUAAUAUAUUGAAUUAUAAAAAUUCAUAUUAAAAUACCCAUUUUAAUAUAAAUAAAUAAUAAAUAAAUAAAUAAUAUUUAUUCAGAAUUUAGGGUUUAGGGUUGGCCGAGGAGGACCGCAAGGCCGGCAGCGUGACUGUGAGCUUCUUCAGUACAACGACGGCCACCGGUCAUUGUAUGCUUUACGUGGAAUAGCAGCUGAAUUACGUUAUGGAGGUGAAGUAUGUCCCAAGCUAUCAGUCACCAACCGCUUUGCUUUCUUCGAAAGCAAAGAACACGAACCUGACCGCUUCCUAAAGUAAUCGAUCCGCCUCCCUUCGCCGCCAUUGUCAGUCCUUCGCAGGAGAAGAGAAGAGAUCAGGACGGAAGAUGGAUCAGAGGCCGCAGGACUACCUGUUCAAGGUCGUCCUCAUCGGCGACUCUGCGGUGGGGAAGUCCAACUUGCUUUCCCGGUUCGCCCGGGACCAGUUCCACCCCAACUCCAAGUCCACCAUCGGCGUGGAGUUCCAGACCAAGACCCUGGACGUCGAGGGGAAGGUGAUCCGAGCUCAGGUCUGGGACACGGCCGGGCAGGAGCGGUUCAAGGCCGUCACCGCCGCCUACUACCGCGGCGCCGUAGGAGCCCUGCUGGUCUACGACGUCUCCCGCCGGCAAACCUUCGAUAGCGUCGGCCGGUGGCUGGAAGAGCUACACACGCACUGUAACAUGAACGCUGUGACGGUUCUGGUGGGCAACAAGACAGACCUCGAGGACACAAGGGAGGUGAGCACAGCAGAGGGAAGAACCCUAGCUGAGGCCCAGGGCCUCUUCUUCAUGGAGACCUCUGCACUCGACUCCUCCAACGUCACGGCUGCAUUCCAGACAGUGGUGGAAGAGAUCUACCACAUUGUGAGCAGGAAGGCCUCCUACUUCUCCUUCCCUAAUUCUGAGAAGGGGGACCUCGCCCAUGGAAAGCCUGUGGUUCUACAGGCGGAUGCUGAUGGGCGCAGGAGAUUGUGGUGUUGUUCAUCGUGAUUUGUUUUCUUUGUCGAAUUUGUUCGUAUUCUUUGAGAAAUAUUGCUUGCUGAUUAAGUCUUUUGACUUUAGAUUGUAUCUUUCUUCACAGUUUCACAUGAUUUUUUCUAGUUGAA